AUGAUUGAUAUAAAAGGAGUUGAAGGUCGUUGGGGCGGGAUUGAAGCGGUGAAUUCGGAGAUGCAGAAAAGUUGCAUUUUGGUACUUGUCACAUUGACAGCGGCUGUCAUUGCCAGACCACAACCACCACCAGGAAUGCCGGUUAGUUUCCGGAGAGCUUUGAAAAAAUUCUUGCUAGACCCCAGCAUUUUUGGAUUGAUUAGAUGUACUUACUUGUAGUGCAAAAGUGUGAUGUUUCCAGCCAGUGCCACCACAUCUUGCCGCAGUCUUGCCAAAAGCCACCCUCGCUGAACUCGAAGCUGUUCACGCCGAUUCAUCGCUUUCCGAAUUGCAAAAACACGAGAAAAUCGAUCAAAUCUUGGUGAAUCUUCCCGAUGAGAUUCAUGACAAGAUUCCACUUCCACCAGGCUUCGAAAGACUUUCCGCUGAAACUCAACAACAAUUCCGAUCGCUUCAUCGUGAUCGUAGUUUGAGCUUCCAACAACGUCACGAUGCUAUUCGUCGAGUUAUUGAUUCGCUUUCGCCAGCUGAGAAGGCUCUUUUGCCACCACCACCACCGUGAGAUUUUUUCAGAAAUGGUUUUUUUUUCAAAAUUAAAAAUCAACAUUUUUCAGGCCACCACGUCAAUAA